AUGUACCAUCCUCUCCCGCAUGGGGGUGGGGGCAGCUCGAAGAGUGUUGAGCUGCACGUGGACGGCCGCGUCUCGCAGGUUUCCCUGCAGGCGGCGGCACAAGCCACCGUGGCGGACCUUCUCUCGACUGCCGUCGCAGCCUCAUCGUCCACCAUCCCAGCAAACACGCUUUCAUCGCGGGAGUUGGCGAGGGGGUUUGCCUGCACCGAUACGGCGGGCAACAGGGUCAACCUGAGCGCUCUGGCGGUCUCCGUUCCACCACAGCUGGUGGUGACGCACAUCGGGACUGCCGGCCGCGGUGGUGACGGUAGCGCGAGCGUUGUAUCAACCGGCGCGGGCCGUAGCGGCGGCUCUGGCCGCUCGGUGUUGUCAGCGUCGGCCCCUGGCCGUGGGCGCGGCCGUGGUAGGGGGCGCGGGCGUGGGCGAGGCAGCGGGCGGGGACGUGGCGGCGCCGCCGCUGCUGCCAAGGCUCAGAUCGCGGCCGGUGACGAGGAGGACGGCGUAGAUGGUGUUGACGCCGAGGACGGAGAUGACGGCGAAGAGGCGGAGCCCGGCGGUGCUUUCAGAGGCAUCGCGAGCGACGGCGCCACAGCAGAGGACGACGAGAGUGGCAGUGAUGAGUCCGACGGUACGUCGGAGAGCUACAGCUCCGACGACGAGGACAGCUCCGAGGACGAGGACAGCGACAACGCCGACUCUUCGCUGACCACAACGAACACAAGCACCACCACGACGCGCUCACGGGGCGACCACGGCGGAGCGACCACGAGUGCCGGUCGUGGGCGUGGACGUGGUCGCAGCGGCAGUGGGCGAGUCGCGAGUCGGACGUCAGCCACGUCUUCGCGCGGCUCCUCGGCGCCCCCCACGCCGACAGCGGCGAGUGCCACGGCUGCGCGGCGCACUCGCAGGCGCAGUGCCUCGGGAUCGCCGCUGCUCCUCACCCCUGACGGGCUACCUAUCAAGCGCAAGCGCGGGCGACCACCAAAGAGUCAGCAGCUGGCGUUUGCGACCGCCGCUGCAGCUGCUGCUGACGCCGCGGCCGCGUCGAGCGGCACCAUGAGCACUGCCGCUGGUGAGAAGCUGCCGCGACGGACGCGGCGGGGCGUCAAGGAGGCGCCAGCUGAGGCUUCAACGAGGGAGGUGAAGCCACGCCGGGGUGGGCGACGCCGUCGCGCCGACGCGGAGUCGGAGGAGGUGAAGGGGCAACAACGCGCAAGUGCCAGUUGCAAACUCAAGGGUCGCAGCUCUGCCGUCACCGUCGCGUCAGUUGACGACAUUACCGGCACUCUUAGCGGCAGCUGCCGACGAGGUGGAUGGCGGAGGGGUGUCGAUGACGCGGCCACUAAGCGCAGUCGGUCGCCGUCACCGCCCUUACAGCCGUCUGGAAGCAGCAGCGCCACCACCACCACGGCGGCGGCCCCGCUAUUUACUGCGUCCGCUGUGAUCGUGACCGCUGUCGAUGGCACGGGGGGCGGAUGCGCCACUCCGCUUGCCCCAGGCGCCCUCACCGCAUCGGCGAGCGGUGCAGCCACGGAUGCGGCCGGUGCGACGUCUGCUCCUGGCGCUCGCACGAUCGCCCCCCUCGAGCAGCAGCAGGAGCAGCUGCUACGUCAGCAGCGCCGCCGUGUGCGCCUUACGUACAACGCUUUCUACCCAUCAUCCACUUUACACGCUGCGGUGCCAGCCACCAUGGGCACCCACAGGGGUGGCGGAGCGGGCGAGGGCACCGCGGGGGCACGCGCGCAUCAGGCACACAGCGCCGCCGCUGCAGCACCGCUGGAGGAUCCUUCGGCGAGGCUGAUGAGGCCGCGCUACGUGUGGAACGGCGGAGACCGCCCCCGGCAGCACAGCUUGUCCUCCGCGGCGUCAUCGUCACCUGUCGACGACGUGCAACUUGGUGGUCGUGGCGUGCCGACGAUUUUCAACGAGGCGUGGACCACCCUGUGUUCUUGUCUCAGCAGCGCUACAGAGCGCCGAGGCGCUUCAUCCGCUGCGAGCGCGUCCCCCACGAUGGUGGACCCCUCACACACGGCGAGUGCAAGCCAGCUUUACGUGCAGGCGCAGCGGAUCGUCUCCUUGUGGCGCGCCGAGCAGCACCGCACGCCGUCAAUGUUGCUUAGCCACCCCUACAGCCCGCUGUUGAUGCCUGGACUGCGCGUGUAUCAGCACCCGCUGCCGCUGCUGGCGGCGACACCCGCACCUCUCGCAGCGCCGGCGGACGCCAACACGGCGACGCUCAGCACUGAUCGGCUCAGUGCCGUAAAGGUGGAAGUGGAUGACGAGGAAAGCAACGCGGUGUCGCGUCAUCGCCGCCAUCAUCGAUGUGGCGCUGCGCCACACACAGCAUCGGUGGCGGCCGCUGGGCCCGGUGCGGAGUGCGGCAGCAGCCGUGUGCACUGCUAUCCGAACCAGACGCUGGUUGUUCCCGUGGUCGUCGGCGGCUGCGUGCAGCUCGUCAACCCGGAGAGCAAGGACAAGAGCCACCAGUGGACGGUGUACGUGCGCGGCUUGUGGAACGGCCAUCCGGAGGAGGUCGCUGGUGCGAAUGUGCGGCCGCCCUCGUCGUCGCACGUGCAGCAGCUCAGGGCAUUCCCCUCGUCGCCGUCCUCGACACCACCUGCUCGGUCGAACAACUCGCGCGUCAGCCUCGGCGAUAGCAGCGCGGCUGCUGACCGUGGUGGUGGCGGGGGCGCUGCUGCGACUGCUGCCGCCCUUGGCGCGAUGGGCGAUUCUCAGACCUCCGUCUUCAGCGCCUCGACCGCAUCGCCGGACGACUACCUGUCGGACUUCAUCGAUAGGGUGGUGUUCGUACUGGACGAGAGCUUCGUGCCGUGUGUGCGCACCGUCUCCUCGGCUCCGUUUGAGCUGACGGAGGUGGGGUGGGGCGAGUUCAUUGUGUCCAUGCACGUGUACCUGAAGGUGCCGGUGCACACCAGCGCCUCCCGGCGGGCACAGGGGCAGCUCCUCGAGUACUACUGCGGGUUCAACGGCCGCACUGCAAUGCAGACGUGCGACGGUCGUGGCACGAAGCCGCACGACCCCGUCUCGACGUACGUCACUGGCGGCGUGCGUGGCCCGAGCCACUUGUGGAAUGCACUGACGACGCCACCGCCGAGCACGUCGGGCACUGUACCGCCCACUCCGGCGCUGUCGCUGCACGAGCUGCGCCACGAGUGUCACUACGACAGCUUGCUCGACAUCAACUCGAACAGCGGGGCGCGCGCGACCUACUACCGUGGCCCAUACCUGCCGGUGCACUUGGUGACAUGCGACGCGACGUCUUCCUCAGCCUCCUCGCAGUCGUCAUUGUCAUCGAGUGACAGCGACGCGGAUGGUGGCGGUGGUAGCGACGGCGCACGCGGCCGCAGCGGCAGCGAGGUGUCUAUCUGUGGUGGCAGUCCCACGGACAGCGCCCACGCACUCUCGUACCCGACCAAGUCCGACAUGAGCGGUGACGGGUCGUUUUCCUCUUCCUGCAGCGGAAGCGUCACUCCCAGUCCGGCGCCAGCGCCUCAGCAUCACGCGAAUCUGUCCUCGCAGCAGCACGAGGCGAGGAUGGGUGGGUCGAACACGGCACACAUCAGCAGCAAUAGCAUCGCUGAUGGGCUGCCGCUCGCCGGCAUCGCCGCCGGCGUGAUGGACGCGUCUUCGCCGCACGCGCGACCGCCACCGCUGCCGGUGCCGCCUGUCGGUCGCGGCACCGGCCGGCGUCCCCGCCGUUUUGGGGCUUCGCGAGCGCGCAGUGGCACGCCCCGCAGCCCUGCCAACUCAGGCGCUCCCGGCGCUGCCGGUGGCGGCGGCGUGCACCGCACCUUCACAGAGGUGCACGUCGGCCACGGCAGCAACGUGGUGGUGCUGCAGCACUUGCUGCGAUUUAGCCACCGUCCUCGCUACGCAGCCGCUGUUCCGCCAGCUCGAGACCCGCGCACGCAGGGAGUGCACCCGGAGCUGCUGGGCUACACGAUGGUGGCCGAGCCCGUCGUGACGGAGCAGUACGACGAACUCGUCAUCCCGCUGGAGCCUUUUGCUGCCGUGGCAGGGCGGAUGCGCAGGCAGGCCAGCCGCCGGCGGCAGACGACGCAGCGAAAGGGUGGCAACACAUCGCCGAAGAAGCCUGACGCCGCGGGUGUCGAGGCGAAGCUGCACCACCUGAUGGCAGCAUUGGGCAGUCUCGAGAGCCACCUGCGCGCCACGUUGCGGCGCCAGCUCUCCUUGAUGGGCGAUGACUCGCCAUCCCAGUCGUGCCACGCGCUGCCACCCCUUUCCAACAGCGAGGCACAGGCGCUCGGCCACCCGGGCGGCAUCUCUUGCUGGCCGCACGUCCUCGACUACGGCAACGGCAUCGAGCGUGACACAUCCUACACCGCUGCCUACCUCGCGAGCAUCGCGACGAGCGCAGAGACGGAGGGCUGGUUGUCGCAAGCACUCGCGGCACGGCGGGUGGCGCUGUUUGGCUGGCCGGCGGCGUCUUGUGCCUGGGUCAACACCGUCGGCGACGCUGAAGAGCCUCAGCCGCAGCGUCACGGCGAGGCAGCGGGAAGGUGUAAGACGGAGGGUGAGGGCUGCGAUGGAGUGGCGAAGCGACUGCCCGGCCGAGUGGCCAUUCCAUCCACCAUCCCGAAUCCGACCACCACCGGGACGUGGCUGACCGCGCUGGAGUACGACAUGGCGAGUGCACUCUUGCGCCUCGCCGCCAGUACCUCCGUGGUGACGGCACACGACAUCUUCUUCCACGUUGUUCUGCCGCGCGCCGACGACAUUGGUGCAGCCGUCUGGUGCAACCUCCACGAAGGAACCCACGCAGCACUGACACGGGCGAGCGCGGUCGGAGACUUCUCUUCGGAUUCCACUGGCGCCACCGCGCUCAGGGCUGAGCCGGCGCUUGGGUGUACCACAGAACUGCAGCAGGAGGCCAAGAAAGGUGCAGACGUUCGAAUGGGGCAGGCGCACGUCGACGAGGCGCGUGGUGGUGACGAGUUGCCGUCUGCGCCCUCAGCGACGGCACUUUCUCGCGGAUAUCCCCUCUGCUCCCUGCGCCCUAGUGACACCGGCAUUGCCGCGCUGCGGAACGUGCUCUGCUCCAACAAAGGCAGCGGCUCCGUCAGCGCCGCUCACCACCCAAGCCAGGAAGCGUUCAUGGCGUCGCUGCUCCGCGACGGCCAAAGUCGCGGUAGCUUCGGCCACGACAGCGAUGUGGCGCAGCUGCUGACAUGGAAGGCGGCGCUGGAGGACGUCAUCGACACCAUGCGCGUCGAAGCGGCGCGCCGGCAGGCCACCGCAGUCAUGGAGGAACUGUAA